GAUCGCCGCCAUGAUGCAAGGAAGCAUAAACCGGAAAAAGGCUGCACUUAUUGACAUUCGAGACAUCUGCGCCCGGAUAUUAGAGCCUGAACUUCCACUUGCUCUCCGUCUCUCCGGGAUCCUAAUGGGCGGUGCUGUCAUUGUGUAUUCAAAGAAAGUCACGUUUCUUCUGGAGGAUGCCAAAGCUUUCAUGGCAAAGAUUAACGCGGCCCUGGGUGUGAAGCGAGAUGACAAAACGCUGCCGAGGGAGAAAGGCCAAGCAAGAUUUGAGAGUGUUACGGUCGACUACCAGUUUGGUAGCUUCAACGUUGACGUCACUCUUGAUUCUGGUCGUGCCCCUGGGGACCAGACAAAUGUAAGAUGCUCCCAGGCUUUUCUUGUAAGCAAGACCGCAACAUCCAUUCUCAAUCAUGAAUGCACUUUUCAGGAGUUCUUUGUGCUUCCUCAACCAGAAGUUGCACGUGAUGGCCGAAAUGAGCACACUUUGGCGACACCUGCGGACAUUACCCUUCCGGAGUUGCAACAUGACAACGAAGGUUUCACCAGGUUUGGGGUUGAUGAUCAACCACCUAUGACAUUUCAAGACGAAGGUGCUGCUGACGCUAUGUGGCAAGACAUUCUGAAGGGGAUGAAUUCGCCGAAGCCGAGCACCCCUCAAGGUACUCAUCCGGAGACCAUCAUAGAAGACCAGCAGGAAGCAGGCCAACCACAAAAUAAUCGGGACCAGACUGCUGCACCCGAGUCGCCUGAACAAAAUGAGGCUCCAAAGCGAGCUAGGCAGCUUAAACGGAAGGCGCGCCCAAAGAAAGUUGUUAUGGAUGAGGAUAGGACAGAGGUGGCCCCGAUGGAAUUCAACCGAUGGCUGCAAGACACGUCAAAGAUUAUUGGAAGGGUGAAGAAGGAUCGGAAGGCGCUUUUGGAAAAAUCCAUUGAAUCUCUCAUUGACCUUCCCUUGACUGGAAGUGUCACAAUGGACGGGUUUGUAGCUUCCAGAUGGUCCAAAGGAAUGCUGCGGACGUGGAACAGAUAUGUACGAAAGGACACAUUCAGAAGCAAUCCUGAAACAGACGAGAUGCAUGCCUCGAAGAAAGCUCGUAUGGAAAGUGGAAGUGACAAGGACCCUGAGAUGCCAAAUCAGGCCAUGCUUGAUGAUUUCGGAUCUGCUGAAGCUAUGAGGGAAAGAAAUGAGACGCCAGUGGUGGCAGGAAAUGGCGUAAGACGUGAUGACGUGACUCCACCUGCUCAAGGGCUUUUGGAUCUUGAACGAACAAAGAACUCUUCGGGUGGGGUCCCUCUUCCAAUGGAGGAGGAAAAUCAACCAGACUUCUAUAGAGGAAACCGUCCUCAAAACAUAGCAGAUUUCUUGAUGGAAGGCUCGCCACAGAUUCCUCAAAACCUGGCUGAUGAUUUAACUGCUCAAUUUCCUGGGCAGAGUGCUGAAAAGCUUUCUUCCAAACAUAGCAGCAGUGCACUGCGAGGUGCACUGAGCCAGUUUGGUGUAUCUGAGCCCCUGCAAGAAACGGAUGCAACACAGACACAGUUCCCUGCAACUUCCAUUGACAAGAGGACAGCAUCUCUUGCUGGGUAA